AUGGCGCCUCCUACUGGGCACCUGCUGCUCCCCAAGAUAUGGAGAGCAGCAAGGUUCGCCUACGAGAAGGCUUCCAAAGCAAUUCGUACCAAAUUUCCAGAAACCACGCAGUACACCGCUGUCCGCUACCAACCAGCCUAUGCUCGCAUCAAUCGCCAGCCAAUCAGUCGUGUCGCGGCCAUCCGUCAAGCCCGUAGUCGCCACUUCUCGACCCGUGCUGCAGGUGCGUUCACGUCCGCUGUUCGAAACGGGCUAGGCCUUGACGGCCCCGUUCGCAACACAUCUCGAAUUGUCUCCAGCAUCAGUCGUCUCAGCAGCCGUGCUCCCUUUGCUUCGACCCUUCGCCCCAAUCUGACAGGUGGUACUCUGGGUCGAACUGCUGGUGGAUACGCUGUUGGCGCCGGUCGCUUUGGCGGAGCUAGAUACUAUUCACACGGUCCUGCCGCCCCUGCUCAGGUCAUUCAGAAUGUUUCGCAGGGCGUGCGUGCUUUCUUCUUAUCGGGUCAGAAAGUCCGAUUUGAUGGCAUCGAUCCCCACACCGGAGAGAAGCGCUACAAGGCUGUUAGCUCGCUGCAGGAUCAGGCGGAGCGGAAGAUGAACGCUAUCCCGCGCACUGCGCCCGGCUCGUUCGUCGACUUCCAGGUUUCGCCUACCAUCACUGCUCUCGGCGCUGUCAGUGGUCUGGAGAAGGGUUCUGCUCCCACUCUUAACUCCGAGGGUCUCAUGGAUCUGCUCUCCGCAGAUUUCGCGCGUGCUCUGAAGGACUUCGCUGCCGUGAUGAACGAUCUCAAGCGCCUGUCAACACUCGGCGAUUUGCCUAUCAAACUCCAUGAUCGAUCCACUAUCCGUGUUCAUUUCCCAGGCUGUGACGCUGAGACUGUUGAGCAGCUCUGUGGCGAAGCUGGAGUUCAACGUGGUCGAAUCGUUCAAGAUGAAGACUUUGAUAUUCGCACUGGUGCCGAUUUGGCUCUUUUGUUCCCUUUUGCACCUAGUGUUUCUCCUUCGUCUGACACCGACUACUACUUCGAGAAAGCUCCCAAGAAACAUUCCUAUGCUUCUGAUAUUGACUGGCAUGGAAUGAUGACUCCUGAAAGUCUUGAGCCGUCUUCACCAGGCCUCAGCCGCGAUUCGGGCAAUGCUAUCAGCUUUCAGGACAGUGAGCUGUUCGGCGAUAACCCCUGGAAAUCAUCGCCUCGGAGUUAUUCGAGCAUCAACAUUAGCGAGCUUGGUGAUAACCCUUUCUUUCCCGAAGUCUCCAGCGCUGGUCAGCCGGAGACCGCGUCGGCCUAUGAUGGUUCCGACGGAAUUUACAAUUUCUUGGCUGAGUGUGAUCGCGCUCAGCGCUGA